UAUCAAAUGGAUAUCAUCAUUCACAUGUGUUAACAAAAAACUGUCUUACUUGAGAGAGAUGUUAUAAUUAGUCAUUUACUUAAACUACUGUAUUGUCUUUCAUUUAUGAACAUCUAGUCAAUUUUUUAAAUCCAUAUCAGAUAGAUUAUCACCAUGGCAAGCCGCAAAGAAACUGGGGAGUCCCUGUUCCGAAUUCCCCCAUAUUACUACAUCCAUGUUCUCGAUCAGAACAAGAAUGUCACACGGCUCGAGAUCGGCCCAAACACAUUCAUCAGACAGGACAAUGAAAGGGUUGUUGUUGGCCCCGAGAAGAUGAUCACAGUGCCCCCAAGGCACUACUGUGUGAUCGAGAACCCAGCCCUGCGGGACAAGGACUACAAGAUUGUGCUGGACACAAGUGGACAGGUCAAGCUUCUCCAUGCUGAUCAGGAGAUCAGGCUCGCCCAGGACCCCUUCCCCCUCUACCCCGGCGAGGUCCUUAAACAGGCUGUGACACCCCUAAAGGUCGUAGCCCCAAACUCUGCCCUGAGAUUACGGGCCAUCCUUGACUUUGAGGAUGAGAGUGGAGAGAAGAGAACCGCUGGAGAUGAGUGGCUCUUUGAGGGACCAGGCACAUACAUCCCGCGUAAGGAGGUGGUUGUGGAGGAGACGGUGCGGGCCACUGUGAUCAAGCCUAACCAGGCCAUUCGCCUUCGUGCAAGGAAAGAGUGCAUCGAUAGGGAGGGGGACAACAGGGUGACAGGUGAGGAAUGGUUGGUGAAGAAGACAGGGGCGUACCUGCCUGGGGCGUACGAGGAAGUUGUUGAUGUCUGCAACGCUUACGUGCUCACUGAGAAGAAAGCGUUACAUAUGCGCUCACUGAGGACAUUCAAAGAUGACUUUGGAGUCACACGGAAAAACGGAGAGGAGUGGCUCAUCACCAUGGAUAUGACAGAGACACACAUACCUAAUGUGUAUGAAGAGGUUGUGGGUGUCACCAACAUCACAUCACUUAGUAACCGCCAAUACUGUGUCAUCCUGGACCCUGUCGAUGACAAGGGGAAGCCCCAGCUCGGCAGGAAAAAGCUUGUUAAGGGUGAAAGGUCAUUCUUCCUGAUGCCAGGGGAGCGGCUGGAGAGGGGUAUCCAGAACGUCUACAUCCUCGGUGAAGAUGAGGGCCUCAUUCUAAGAGCCAACGAGUCAUUCACUGAUGGGGAUGUGAGCCGAAAGCCUGGUGAUCGGUGGAUGUUUCGCGGACCAAAGGAGUAUGUCCCGCCUGUGGAAGUAGAGGUGGUCAUGAAAAGACAGGCCAUUCCUCUCGACGAGAACGAGGGAGUGUACGUCCGUGACGUGAAAACUGGCAGGGUUCGUGCAGUGACAGGAGAGACAUACAUGAUCAGCCAGGAUGAGGAAUUGUGGUCAAAGGAGCUGCCCCCAGCAGUGGAGAAUCUUCUGGCAGCCGCCAAGGACCCUCUAGCUGACCGAGGUGACCGGGGACGCACACCUUCCGAGGCAUCCAAACCAAGGGAUAAGACCAGAGUUAUCUCAUUCCGUGUUCCACAUAACGCUGCUGUGCAGAUUUAUGACUAUAAGGAGAAGAAGGCUAGGGUAGUGUUUGGCCCUGAGCUGGUGAUGCUGGGCCCUGAUGAGCAGUUCACCCAGCUGAGUAUUUCCGGGGGCAAGCCCAAGAAGCCAAACAUGAUAAAAUCUCUGUGCCUUCUCCUAGGACCAGACUUUAUGACGGACAUCAUCGUCGUGGAGACAUCAGACCACGCCAGGCUUUCCCUACAGCUGUCUUACAACUGGCAUUUCGAGGUACAGGACAAAGAUGACAUAGCAGAGUCAGCGAAACUCUUCAGUGUGCCAGACUUUGUUGGUGACGCAUGCAAAGCCAUAGCCUCUCGUGUGAGAGGGGCCGUAGCCCAGGUGGCCUUUGAUGACUUCCAUAAGAACUCUGCACGUGUCAUUCGUUCGUCAGUUUUUGGAUUUGAUGAGAAGGACAAAGUUCGGGACUCGUUUAUCUUUAAACAGAAUAAUCUUAUCAUUACGAGCAUUGACAUCCAGUCUGUGGAACCUGUUGAUCAGCGAACACGAGACUCCCUACAGAAGUCGGUGCAACUGGCUAUUGAGAUUACAACCAACUCCCAGGAGGCAACAGCCAGGCACGAGGCUGAGCGCCUGGAGCAGGAAGCUAAGGGUCGUCUGGAGCGUCAGAAGAUAAGUGAUGAAGCAGAGGCUGAGAAGGCUCGACGCAACUUGCUUGAGCUGCAGGCCCACAGCGCGGCUGUUGAGUCGACCGGUCAGGCCAAGGCCGAGGCACAGUCUCGGGCAGAGGCUUCCAGGAUCGAGGGAGAGGCAGCAGUUGAGCAGGCCAAACUUAAGGCCCAAGCCAUGAAAAUUGAGGCAGAGUCAGAGCUUGAUAGACUGACGAGUGCAAGAGAGGCAGAGCUGAAGUUCCUGAAAGAACAGAAUGAAAUGGAGAUCAGCAAGUCACGUGAGACAUGUGACAUUGAGACCGGCAAGUUCAAGAAGAUGGUGGAUGCCAUUGGAGCAAGCACUCUGCAGGCCAUUGCAACGGCUGGUCCAGACCUCCAAGUCCGCAUGCUGCAGGCACUUGGCAUGAAGUCGACUGUGAUCACCGACGGAACGACCCCGAUCAAUCUAUUCAACACAGCACAGGGGCUCAUUGGGGGUAUUGGAGGCGGAGCUAUGGUCCCGAACAAAAGAUCACGCCGGAACGAUGACGAUGAGGACGAAGAUUAAAAUGUGUCAUAACAGACGAUCAAUUUAUUGGUGUAUUACUUAAAAACAUCUAACAGAUAUAUCAAAUUAUUCAUACAUGUACUGUUGGUAUUAGGUUGUCACAUAUCCUUAAUUCAUAUUUCACAUAUUAAGCUAUAAUGUUAUUUAUUAUCUGUCAUGUGUAUAUAAAAUGUGUUAUGAAUUUAUUGAAGAAAAUUAUGUUUCUGAGGUCCCUUUAUUUGUUGUGAAAAACUAUCAAAUGUCAUGAAGACUUUUGAAUCCCAGACUUAGAAAUGUGCUGCUGUACUUUUGUGAUAACGUACAUGUAUACUCUUCGAGUGCAAUUUGAAAGCUGACUGUGAAGUUGCAAAUUUUUAUAUGUAGUAAAACUAGAGUUUGUGUCAUAUCUCUGUAAAUACCAUUUUUCUCUUGUAGAAUGUUACAUGGUAAAGAUUGUGUAUCUUAUAUGUGCAUCUUUUGCACCAGUAUAAUUCAAUAGGACCACUACUUUAUAACCACAUGUACUUGGACCACUUUCGUCCUUUGUCUACAUGUACCUGUCUACAUGUACCGUCUGAAUUGUUCUUCAAAUUUUUAAUGCUCCAUUUUUGUACAAAAAGGCCUGACAGAAUAAAAUCUACCUCAAAUUAUAGCGAUGGUUUAAUGCAUUGGUUUAAUGCAUUGGUUUGAGGCUUUUUGUUUUUGUUAAGGCCUAAUUCUUCUGUGUUAAUUUGUUUUGUUUACUGAGUUAAAAGCACUGUGAUAAGAAAUCACCGUUCGUAGACGUUCUAUCUAGAAGUGGUUGACCAUACAAUCAUUCCCCCCUUUUUUGUAGCAUUUUUAUAUUGUUCUGUUCUUUUCUUGUUUAAAUAAAGAAAUGCUCCUUAU